AUGAUGUCACAGUCAAGCGAUGAUAUAUUUAUUGAUCCUUCGACUAGCAAUGAUUAUUUCAUUUUUUCAUCUUCGUCACAUAAGUCAAUAAUAUCGAUGAAGCGCAGUCAAGAAUUAGCACACGAUACAUUGAGUUCAUCACUAUGUCCAACGAAAUCAGCUUCAUUUUCAAUAUCAGAAAAUGGUGAUAGUGAUCACAAUAAACAUGAUACUCGUAAACCAAGUGUACUAGAUGAAAAAGCAUUACGUGAAGAUGACACUGUAUUAGUUCGAGAUCAACGUAUUGAAACAAUCAGUCGAAGUUAUCAAGUCAUUUUAGAGAGCAUUGGAGAAGAUCCAUUACGACAAGGACUUCUUAAAACAUCAAAACGUGCCGCAGAAGCAUUGGUUUUUUUUACGAAAGGUUACGAGCAAACGAUUCGAGAUGUUGUCAGUGAUGCCGUAUUUGAUGAAGAAUGUGAAAAUAUGGUUGUCGUGAAAGAAAUCGAUAUUUAUUCAUUAUGUGAACAUCAUAUGGUACCCUUCUUCGGCAAAGUAUCAGUUGGUUAUUUACCUAAUAAACGAGUACUUGGCUUAAGUAAAAUAGCAAGAAUAUGCGAAGUGUUUAGUCGUCGUUUGCAAGUACAAGAGCGCUUGACGCGACAAAUAGCUGAGGCUAUUGCCGAAGCUAUUCAACCAAGAGGUGUAGCUGUUAUUGUUGAAUGCCUUCAUAUGUGCAUGGUGAUGCGAGGUGCUCAAAAGGUGAAUUCACGAACAACAACAUCGGCCAUGCUUGGUGUUUUUCGUGAAGAUCCAAAGUCACGGGAAGAGUUUUUAUCACUUGGUCGUAUUACUCCAUUUUAA